AUGGCGGAAAAGCUGAAGGAGAGUUCCAUCAUAUUGGAUGAUGACGGAACCGUUUCACACAAUGAAGCUGUGGCAACUACGGACAUGGGCGAAGAAGAGCUGGCCUUCAUGGCUAGCUUUGGAGACGAACAGAAAAAGGCCUUACUUCGAAAGAUCGACAUCAGGUUGAUCCCGUUCCUUUCUUUCCUCUACCUCAUCAGUUACCUUGACCGAGCAAACAUCGGCAAUGCGAAUAUCGAAGGCUUGUCGGAGGACCUCGGCCUGAGUGGAACACAGUACAACAUCUGCCUUGCAAUCUUCUUUGUUCCUUAUAUUCUGUUGGAAAUACCCGCGAACAUGAUAUUAAAAAAGUUCGACCGACCCUCGACUUGGAUUGCGAUAAUGACAUCAACGUGGGGGCUCGUCCUGCUUUGCACCGGAUUUGUGAAGAGUUAUGCAGGCCUUGCCGUGACCCGUGUUUUGUUGGGUGUGACCGAAGCCGGCUUCUUUCCAGGCGCGAUUCUGAUUGUUACGAGUUGGUAUUCCUGGAACGAAGUUGGCGUCCGGAUUGCGCUUUUCUAUACCUCCAGUGCCCUUGCUGGUGCGUUCUCUGGUCUUCUGGCAUUCCUGAUUGCUAAGAUGGACGGAAUUGGCGGCUACGAAGGGUGGCGAUGGAUUUUUCUUCUCGAAGGGGGCGCAAGCUUGUUGAUCGGCCUCGUCUGCCCCUUUGUGCUUAUAGACACGCCUCGACACUCAAAGUGGCUCACAGAUGACGAGAAACGGUAUCUUAUUCUCCGCAAGCAAAUCGAGGAUGGCGGUCGUGAGAGAGCUGCCAGAGGUGACAAGAUGAGCUCCAAAGUCAUCGUUUCCGCGCUUCUCGACUGGAAGAUCUACCUCCAGGCUCUGAUCGCACUUUCAAAUACGAUACCAAACUACGGGCUGAAGUUCACAAUGCCUCAGAUCAUGAAGAAUAUGGGCUACACUUCCGCAAAUGCUCAGCUCUUAACCAUCCCGCCCUACUUCCUCGGGGCUUGCAGCGCUUACGUAUCGGCUCGGUUCGCCGAUCGUUACAAGUGGCGAAUGCCCUCUAUCGUCGGACCUCAGCUACUUGUCAUUGUUGGGUUCGCCAUCAGCUUUGCCUAUGCAGGAGACAUCAAGCAUCGGAUCGCCGAGUGCUACUUUGCGAUUUCAGUGGCUUGUAUCGGUUUGUAUCCUAUUAUUCCCAGCGCCAAUGCGUGGAAUUCCAACAAUCUGGCGGGACCUGCCAAGCGUGCCAUUGGAAUCGGUUUACUUGGAACUUUCGCCAGCGCUGGCGGGCUUGGCGGCUCCUUCAUCUAUAUCCAGGAGGAAUCUCCUUGGUAUACUACUGGGUUUAGCGUUUCACUUGGUAUUGCUGUGAUUGGUCUUCUCUCAGCACUCUUCCUGGACUUUGCUCUUUGGCGGAUCAACAAAUCUAAUGAGAAAAUGACGGUUGAGGAGAUUCAUGCCAAGUACACUGAGCAGGAACUGGCUGACAUGGGAGACAACUCGCCUCUCUUCAAAUACAGGCUUUAG